AUGGCCCCGAAACGCCGCCUGUCUGGCUCUGCUCCCACCGACACAUCUAAACGAAUCCGCCAGUCUCUCACACACAACCACCUCGCCAAGCUCUCUGACGAACUCAUCAUCCGCAUUCUCUCCUUUGUCGACGAGCGAUCCCUCCUCGAGACAGCACUAGUCUGCAAGCGCCUACACGCCGUCACCGCAGACGCCCAGCUCUGGCGCGAACACUACUACAGACGCUUCAUCCUGCCCCGAGCACACCGCAUCCCCGGCUUCCGACUCGCCCACGACAACCCAUCACCAAGUAAACUCUUUUAUACAGCGCAAAAGUCAGCAUGGGCGGAAGCAGCGGCCCGGCGCAGCGGCAUCUCGACGCCAUCCUCCGACAUUGCGCCCCAGGACAUGGCUGACGCUGUCGACUGGAAGAAGCAGUACAAGCUGCGGCAUAAUUGGGCAAAGGGCCAGUGUGCAGUAGAGCAGGUCCGUGUUCAUGAGAUGCAGCGGGAUCCGACGCUCGAGUGGCAGACGCUGGUUAAGGUCGUCGAGGGCCUCGCCGUGACGGCGGAUGGACAGUCUGGGUUGCGCGCGUGGGACUUGCGUACAAAGAAUGCCAUUGUCCAGAUGGAUUGGGCACAGGACGAUGGACGGCCGACUUGCUUGGCCGUCGACGAUGCGCGAUUAUCUGACGGGUCCCUGGAUAUUGCGAUUGGCUUUCACGAUGGCACCUUUGGCCUUUGGAGACUGGACAUUAAGCGGCGCCAGCUGAGUCUGGUGCAUCGCCAGCCUGAGAGCACCUUGGGCAAACUGAGCGCUAUUGCGGCAGGCUUUCCGUACAUCUUGACAGCGACAGGCCUGGGCUUUAUCUCGCUCUACUCGUUUGGCGAUGCGGCGACACCAGCAGCCAAUACAACAGCUCCUCCGCCGCCUAAACUCCUCACAUCACUCAAGUCGCAUAGCACGCGACCGCCACUGGCUCUUUCUAUUCGCCGUACGCCCGUAUCGGUCGUCGCAUCAAUAGCAUAUACCUUUGACGCUGUCGGUGGCUGGUCCAUCGGCAUCCAGGAUCUCGCAAUCCAUCCCACUGGCACAGUGACAUCUCGCAUCGCCUCUACACUGCCGUCGCAAACACGCACAUCUCUAUCAUCAAGGACGACUAUUCUUCCUUCUAAUGACAUCAGUACAGACGAAGAAGAAAGAGAAGAAAGGACUAGUGGUGGGGACGGCCCAACCAGACUCUGCUACAGCCACCCAUAUCUGCUCGCCACACUCCCAGACAACACGCUCGUGCUUCACCUGUGCACGUCCAGCGCUACAUCACUCUCCAUAUCACCUGCCAUCCGCCUAUGGGGCCAUACCUCAGGCAUAUCGGACGCAGAGAUCACGCCGCGCGGCAAGGCAGUCAGCGUGAGCACGCGCGGUAACGAGAUUCGCCUGUGGGAGCUUGAGGGCCGCGCAGGCGGAACAAGCGUCACGGUGAAGCCACGUCAUGACGCUUCCGAUGACGACUACGGCCAAGACAGUGACGAUGGCGACGAGCGCAGAAACCGGGUCGGGUUUGACGAGGAAAUGGUCAUUGUCCUCAAGGAGGCCAGCGACGGCAGGGAUAGCCUGGUUGUCUACGAUUUCACAUGA